AUGUCCAACCCGUUGAAUAUCGAUUUUGAAGUUCCCUUCCACAUGAUCUACCACUUCUACACCACUGGCACUAUCGCCGUGUGUCUUAAUAUUCUGGUUAUCUACCUGAUAUUGUUCCAUAGUGGAAAACUAGACUCUUUCAGGUUUUAUUUGUUGGCUUUUCAGAUAGCGUGUACAUCUUCCGACGUGAAUAUUGCGUUCCUCAUUCAGCCUGUCGGGUUAUUUCCGAUUUGUGGAGGGUAUGGCUAUGGGAUCCUGGCACGAUGGUUCCACUGGAGCUCUCAUACUCUUAUGACACUGUUCACAUUAUUCAUAAGCAUUCAAAUUCAAGUGCUGACAAUUUGCUUCCUACGAAAGCACGAGGCCAUUAUGAACCUUAAAUCUACUGUGAAAUCCAAUAAUUACUGGAUUUACAUACUAACCUACAUAUUUUGCCUAUCAUUCUCCUGCCUUAUAUCUUUCUCAAUUUUCAUCGCAGACGCUACCAAGGAAGAUCAGUAUAAGGAACUGCAGGAGCACUACCCGGAGUACGUGGACAAAUUCCGGGAGCUUCCAGAAUUUGUGGUCUACGUGAUAAACUGGCGGAUGAAGGUGUUCUUUGUGCUGACUGGGUUUGCAACGCUGAAGACUACAGUGAUGGUAUCCUUCCUAGUUCUUAGGAUGUUCAAUGCUCUGUCAGCUGUGAAGAGUCGUCUGUCGAAGAAUACAAUAGCAAAGCAUAAGAUUACGCUGAGGAGCUUGGUCAUGCAGUUCAUGGUGACCCCGAUCUCCUACGUCCCAGCGUUCAUGCUUCUUGUGGUAACGCUAUUCCCAACUGAAUACUCACAACAGAUCUCCUGGUACUCUAUGAUGAUCGCCACUAUGCACUCGAUUCUUAAUUCUCUUGUGGUGAUAACGACGUAUCCAGAGUUCCGGAAGACGUUGAUGUUCUGGGGCAAAGAUUCAAGGAGCACUAAUCCUAUUCUUAUUACUUCAAUGAUCCCGUCGGUGUCUCACCGGACUUCGUAGGCGAGUAAGGAUGUGGAGACGUGCCUGCCAACCACAAAAGCCUAUUUUAAACUCAAUGAUCUUUAUAAAAAAUUCAACAUCA